AUGAAGGUUUCUUUCGUUUUGAUUGCGUCAUGCACUGCUACUGCUUGGGCAGCCGCAGUCACCAGUCCCACCACCGAAGCAACAAUGAAGUUCAUUAUGAGCGGCCUACACGAGGUUAAAUAUCACUUCAUGCACCUCGAUGUCGCCAUACACAAGUUCCCAGAGACGGGAACUAAUGGCGCAAAGGCCAUUCACGAACACGAAGCUGCCAUCCAUACUCUCUUCGGUGAUUUGAACACCAAUCUCGCCACUCUUUCAAGACCCAUUUCCCAUGAGAAUGUCAAAGAGAUAGUAAAGUUGUAUCAAAGCUUUACUCCCACCAUAGUUCGUUCCUUCAACGGGAUCGAAGCCAAAGCACCUUCUUUUGUCACCUUCUCGGCAGCAGAGACAAUGAAACAAGACAUGAUACUCUCCUCUAAUCAAUGCAAGCCAUUCGCCCAGCAGUUAAUUGCCGUCACACCACCCAUUUUGACAGAGGCUGUCUCGGCCAUGUUUGACGAAAUCGAUGUUGCACGGAAUAACGCAAUGGUAGCGUUCCAGUAG